AUGGCCAAGUCCACCAAUCCUCCCACCAUAAAACCCCAAAAUUACGCUCACAGUCCCGUUCACUACGCCGUCGUGUUGGCCGAUCACACCACUCUCUCCAGAAUCAUCUCCUCGCUACCGCGUCUCCCCGAUCCUUCUCUAAUCCAAAACGAAUCCGAUUCCCUCGCGCAAGAAAAAAUUGCUGAGCAGAUCUCCGCGGUCCUCGACCGCCGCGACGUUCCUUACCGAGAAACGCCUCUCCACCUUGCCGUCCGACUCAAUGACCUCUUCGCAGCCCGGGCUCUAGCCACUGCCGGUGCCGACGUCUCCCUCCAGAACUCCGCUGGCUGGAACGCCCUGCAGGAGGCUCUCUGCCGCCGCGCCUCCGACAUCGCGCUCGUCCUCCUCCGCCUCCACCACCGCAAUGCCUGGUGCAAGUGGCGCCGCCGCCUCCCGCGUGUCAUCGCCGUGCUCCGUCGCAUGCGCGACUUCUACAUGGAGAUUUCCUUCCACUUCGAGAGCUCCGUCAUUCCCUUCGUCGGCAAGAUCGCCCCAUCCGACACCUACAAAAUAUGGAAGCGCGACGGCAACCUCCGCGCCGACACCUCGCUCGCCGGCUUCGACGGUCUCAAGAUCCAGCGCGCUGACCAGAGCUUCCUCUUCCUCGGUGACAGCGAUCACGUGCACGACGUCCCGCCCGGUUCGCUCCUCGUCCUUAACCGCGACGAGCGCAAAAUCUUCGAUGCCUUCGAGAACGUCGGUGGACCGAUGAACGAGUCCGACGCCGCCGGUUUCUGUUCGCAGACGAGUGUAUACCGUCCGGGCAUGGACGUUACUAAGGCAGAGCUUGUAGGCAGAACGAAUUGGCGAAGGCAAGAGAAAACAGAGAGCGUGGGAGAAUGGAAGGCAAAGGUGUACGAGAUGCAUAACGUUGUUUUCAGUUUCCGGUCACGGAAAGUUGCUGGCGGUGAUUCUGACGUGGCAGGGAGCGAGCAAGUGUUGCCGUUGGAACUGGACGAAGACGACGACGGUUUUCUCGUUGCGGAGAAUCCCAAUGUCGGGUUCCCAAUGCCAGACAAAAGAAGACACAGUAGCUUCGUUCGAGAAGAGAGAGAGUGGGUCCCAAUGGGAAGGAAAAGCGUCGACCUAACGUCCGUAACGGCCCCACCACCACGAAGGCCUUCGGCAAGCGUGACUAUGCCACAGACCAAGGAAAAAGAGUACGUUAGAAGCUUACGGCCGUCAGUGUGGCUAACGGAGCAGUUUCCGUUGAAGACGGAGGAGCUUCUGCCGUUACUCGACAUACUCGCCAAUAAGGUGAAAGCAGUGAGGAGGCUAAGAGAGAUACUCACAACCACGUUCCCGCCGGGAACUUUUCCCGUUAAGGUGGCUAUACCGGUGGUGCCUACUGUGAGGGUGGUGAUUACUUUCACAAAGUUCGUUGAGCUGCAACCUCUGGAGCAAUUCUACACUCCAUUCUCGAGUCCAAGACAUUUGCUCAGUGGCGCAGGUGCAAUCAGAGGAGAAGAGCAACAUAACAAAGCAGAAAACAGAUGCUCCUCUUCGAGCGCAUCGUCCGUAGCAUCCACGUGGCUGAGACGAAGUAAUAGCGUGUCGGGUGCGGGGAAUAAGCAGCAGCAGCAGCAACGAUGUUCCUCCUCGAUGGCAUUGGAUUCGGACCCUUUCGCGAUUCCUGCGGGAUAUACAUGGGCGAGUGUGGAUGACAAAUCGCGGAAAAUGAAGAAAUCCAAGUCCGUGAGAAAGUCAAAGUAA